UGCGCGUGCCAGCGGGGAGGACCGCAACCCGGCAGCCACCGGUCGCAGACGGCUCACCAGUGGACACUCACGAUGGCUUCGGAGGCGCUCGAGCAGGCGAACCUGACGGAGAACGUGACGGACGGGCCCGAGUACUGCGGCGCCGGCGUGGCGGCAUUCAGCCGGGGUUACCGCCAGCUACACGGCUACCUGGCGCUCUGCGUCUGCAUCUUCGGCCUCACCACCAACAUCCUCAGCAUCGUGGUGCUGACGCGCAAGACCAUGGUGUCGCCGACCAACGCCAUCCUGGCCGGCCUGGCCAUCGCCGACAUCAUGGUCAUGGUCAUGUACGUGCCGUUCACGCUCAACUACUAUCUUCAGGCGUUUGGCGAGGCCAGCUUCAGCUACAGCUGGGCCGUGUUCAUGCUGACGUACGUGCACGUGACGCAGGUGUUCCACACCGUCUCUAUCUGGCUGACGGUGGUGCUGGCCGUGUGGCGGUAUGUGGCGAUCGGACACCCGUCGCUGAACCGAGAGUGGUGCUCCAUGAAGAACACCUCCGUGGCCAUCGUGUCCGCCUACAUUUUCUGUCCGAUCCUUUGCAUCCCAUCCUACCUCACUUUCGCAAUCACGCCCAUGGGAAACUUCACCGACCGCUUCGUGGUCGGCUUCAGCGACCUGAGCAAGGGCAAUGACAAGUUCUUGGAGAACUGCUGUCUGAUCAGCGAGCUCAUGAAGGCGCGCAAGCGGAAGGUGGAGCUGCUGAGGAAGAUGAGCGCCGGUCAGAGCAAGCAGUCGUGCGCCGAGCGUCAGGCGGUGCGAACCACGCGCAUGCUGCUGGCCAUCUUGCUGCUGUUCCUGCUGACCGAGUUCCCCCAGGGCAUCCUUUCGCUGAUGUCUGGCAUCCUGGGCAAGGACUUCCUGGGGCAGUGUUACAACAAGCUGGGCGACCUCAUGGACAUCCUGGCGCUCAUCAACUCCUCGAUGAACUUCAUCUUCUACUGCUCCAUGUCCACGCAGUUUCCGCUCCACGUUCCAGCACCUGUUCCUGACGAACCGUGGCAGCUCUAA